AUGGCCAAGUUAUCACAAAAAACCCAAACUAAAAACAGUUCAAAAAAUGUUGCCAAAGCUGCAACAAAUCCUGGACUGAAGGCCAAACGUACUAGGAAAACUGUACCCAGAGACUCACCGCCUCAACGUAGUUCGAUUUUUCGUGGCGUCACAAGGCAUCGAUGGACGGGGAAAUAUGAAGCACAUUUGUGGGAUAAGAAUUGUUGGAAUGAAGCACAAAACAAGAAAGGAAGACAAGUCUAUCUUGGAGCUUAUGAUGAUGAAGAAGCAGCUGGACAUGCUUAUGACUUGGCUGCACUUAAGUAUUGGGGUCAAGAUACUAUUCUUAAUUUUCCGUUGCCAAUGUAUGAGAACGAGUUGAAAGAAAUGGAGGCUCGGUCUAGGGAAGAAUAUAUUGGAUCAAUAAGAAGAAAAAGCAGCGGAUUUUCUCGAGGGGUCUCCAAAUAUAGAGGAGUUGCAAGACAUCAUCAUAAUGGAAGAUGGGAAGCUCGAAUUGGAAGAGUUUUCGGCAACAAAUACCUCUAUCUUGGGACUUACGCAACUCAAGAAGAGGCUGCAGUUGCCUACGACAUGGCUGCCAUAGAAUAUCGUGGACUAAACGCAGUCACAAAUUUUGACCUUAGUCGUUACAUAAAAUGGUUGAAACCUAAUAAUAAUGACCUUAACGAGUCCAACCCUAUUGUUGAAACUAAUUCACCACCAACCUCAAAUCAUGUCUUUAGUGGCUUAGCCACCCUCGACCAUCUCCAACCACCUUUAGACGAUAGUGAUGCCAACUUAUCUCAGCCACGAGCCACUGCCACAUCAGCACUGGGGCUUUUGUUACAGUCUUCCAAGUUUAAGGAAAUGAUGGACAUGACCCUGGCGGCCGAGUAUCCCGGCACACCACUUGAAUCGGAUCCACCACAGAGCAGCAUUCCCGAAGAUAUAAAAACGCAUUUUGAAUCCAACGAUUUAUACGCAUACAAUAUUCAAGGGGAUAACUUCUUUGAGGAGCUCAAUUCAUUCAUGGCACCAAUGGUUCAGUUUGACUUAAUGCUUAAUGGUGAUGAUUUGAUUCUAUAA